AUGGCGGGGCGACCGGACCUGUUCGAUGCGGUGGUGAUGGCCGAUGAAAGGUUCCACGAGGAAGGCUACCAGGAAGGCUAUGCGGAUGGCAGCGGUUUGGGCCUGGAGGAAGGCCGACAGCUUGGCACGGCGCAGGGGGCUCGAAUUGGCUCCGAGAUCGGGUGCUACCGGGGCUUUGCUUGUACGUGGCGGUGUCUUCUGGACAGCGGCGCCCCCGAAAAGGACAGCAGAAAGAGGAAGGUUCUGGAAGCCUUGAUGGAGUUGAUCCAGAUUUUCCCCUACGAUGACCCAACGUACGACAAACUGCACGAGGACCUGGACCGGAUCCGCGGGAAAUUUCGACAGCUUUGUUCUCUGCUCAAUGUCCAGCCGGACUUCAAGGUUGGCGUGGAAGGUUCUGGACUUUCCUUCUGAGGACGGAGGAGC